AUGCAUCGUCUGUUGAGAUUUUCCCCCUUCAAGAAAGCUCGAGAGCCGGGAAAUCACGCCGCCAAAGACUCUCCUACCGAUUCUGGCUCUGGUGAGACCAACAGGGCCAUGACUAAUGGCACAGACUCACACGGCCCCGCUCACAGCCGGACGAACGGUGUCACCCCAAUGUCAAAUAUCGAUGUGCUCAUUAUUGGAGCAGGGCCAGCAGGUCUAAUGGCUGCUGCUUGGAUGGCCCACUGCGGUAUCAAGACACGCAUUGUUGACAAGAGGAACGCGAAGAUCUUCUCGGGGCAGGCAGACGGGCUCCAGUGCCGCAGUCUGGAGAUCUUUGACAGCCUUGGCUUCGGCGACCGGGCAUGGAAAGAAGCCAACCAUAUGAUUGAGAUCUGCAUAAUCCUGGGCAAGAUGGGGUUAUCCGACGCUCCGAUCGGAUUCCACACUAUUGUGGGGCUGUCUCGGUUCCAGCAGAUUGUGCUACACCAAGGCCGCAUUGAACGCUUCUUCCUCGACAACAUCAAGAAGUACUCGAACGACAGUACCAAGGUUGAGCGCGGUGUUCUGCCUGCAUCCCUGAUAGAGCUUCAGCACCUCUCCGAAGAGGAGUCUACGCCAAAGCAGCAGAUCAGCGGGAGCAAGGUCGCAGACGGGCUGUUUCGCAGCAGCCUCAACCAUGAAGAUGACGAAGAAGAUCUUAUCUCCCAUGGUUCUCGGGCCGGGGAAAGAGAAAUUGUGCAGGCUAAGUACGUGAUUGGGUGUGACGGGGCCCGGAGCUGGACUCGAAGACAACUUGGGUUUGAGCUCCAGGGCGAGGCGACGGACUUCAUCUGGGGGGUCAUGGACAUUAUCCCCAUAACUGACUUUCCUGAUAUUCGCAUGCGAUGUGCAAUCCACUCUGCUGAAAAUGGCAGCCUGAUGGUGAUCCCGAGAGAGAACAGGCUGGUGCGACUCUACAUCCAGCUGAAGGAGGUCGCACCAGAUGCCUCGGGGCGGGCGGACCGCUCGAAAAUCACCCCGGAGCUGAUUUUCGACGCCGCGAAAAAGAUCCUCCAGCCGUACAAGCUUGACUACGAGUACUGUGACUGGUGGACCGCAUACCAGAUCGGCCAGCGCGUGGGAACCGACUUCUCAUCGCAGAACCGCAUCUUCCUGGCUGGAGAUGCGGUCCAUACGCACUCUCCCAAGGCCGGCCAAGGAAUGAAUGUGUCCAUGCAAGACACGUUCAACCUCGGCUGGAAGAUCGCCCUUGUUCUGAAGGGCGUCGCCGACCCGAAGAUCCUCUCCACCUACGCGGACGAGCGGCGACAGGUGGCUCAAGACUUGAUUGAUUUCGACCACCGCUUCAGCCGUCUCUUCUCGGGAAGGCCUGCAAAGGACGUGAUGGACGCCGAAGGAGUGUCCAUGGAGGAAUUCAAGGACGCCUUCCUCAAGGGGAACAUGUUUGCCAGUGGCUUGUCCGUGAAGUACGGCGCCAGCGAUCUCGUAGCCAGCAAUGCAUCGAACCAAUCCCUAGCGACCGGUCUCCCAGUUGGAAUGCGUUUCAACAGUUUCAAGGUUUUGAACCAGGCUGACGCUCGACCUUGGCACUUCCAGGAGCGGCUCAAGGCGGAUGGUCGCUUUCGGGUUGUCCUGUUUGCCGGCGAUAUUCUCGAACCUGGGCAAAGGUUGCGCGUCGACAAUUUCUGUGCGCGACUGGACUCUGAGGAGAGCUUCAUCCGACGGGGGAAAUCGCCUGACGCGGAAGUCGACGGCGUUGUCGAGGUGCUCACGAUACACUCGUCGAAGCGCACCGACACGGAACUACUGAGAGACUUUCCUGAAAUACUCCACCCUUUCAACAAGUCCACGGGCUGGAACUAUGACAAGGUCUUUGUUGAUGAUGAGAGUUACCAUGAAGGAUUUGGUGAUGCGUACAAGAAUUAUGGCGUCGACAAGGAGCGCGGCUGUGUUGUCGUUGUGCGGCCUGACCAAUAUGUCGCUUGGGUAGGUGAUGUGGAUGACUUCGAUGGCCUACAGCAAUACUUUCAAGGCUGCCUUCGACUCAACAUUAGCGAGACGUCGAAGGUCGAGCGGGACUGA